AUGACUCCCGAACUACGUUUGUUAAUAAAGCUGAAGCAUGUCUUAUGGAAACAAAUUUACAGAUAUGGCAGCAAUUGUUGGGAUUUGUUCAGGUCGUUGAGAGACAGGAUAAGAAAGAUAACAAAAGAUUUACAUAAACAACGCUUGAACGAAAUUGCAAAGGUUGCCAGGGCAUAUGCAAGUACGAUUACAAAUGUGUCAAAAUUGGAGACCUUCUGUGAAAUCAUCAGAGCAGCAAUUGACGACGUGCAAAGUGCAAAGUUUUUGCAGCAUGAAGCCAGCACAUUAUCGCUCAGCCUGCCGGAGUUUUCCGAAGACGUUGACAAGAAUAUAAUGUGGGACGAAUUUCUUAGUAUAUAUCGGUUAAUUUUUGAAACUGAAGUCGAAGACAAAUUUCCCUGUUUUCUCGCUGACGACUUGUGGAAAGUUACUAAUUGUGACAUUAGAUUCGAGAAAUUGUCAGCUGACCAGGCGAGGUUUCAAAAAAGUGUUAUUCAAAAUAGUCCGGCCGUUCUGGAAUUUCUUGAAAAGCAUGGCAAUAUACUGAGUGAUGUCCAAAAAAAGGCUACAGCCAUUGACGCUCGGGAUAGUCAAGAAAAACUGAACGACAUCAGGAAAGACUGGAUGACAUCAGGAGAGACUUUUGGAAAUUCAGAUGGCAAGUCGGAAUGA